GAAAGAAGCAGAGAGGGAAAGAGAGGAGAGGCACUAACAGAUGGAUUUGCUUUCACCUCUUCUAUUGAUAAUGCUAAUGCUUUCAUCAGGGCCAAAAAUGCAUGAAUGUGCUAGAAUCUUCACCAUAAUAAACAAUUGCAAGGAAACUGUCUGGCCUGGAAUUACCCCUGGUGACAACUUUAAUGGUGGAGGUUUUGAAUUAAAAUCACGCCAAUCUAUUGUCUUUCAAGCCCCGGUAGGCUGGAGUGGCCGCAUAUGGGGUCGAACCGGUUGCAAGUUCGACAAAAAUGGAAAUGGUCCAUGCCAGACAGGAGACUGUGACAACACCCUUAAGUGUAACGGCGGAGGCAAAACCCCAGCAUCCCUUUCUGAAUUUACUCUUGCUACUCUUGAUUUUUACGAUGUUAGCCUUGUUGAUGGGUUCAAUUUGCCACUAUCUGUAACACCAGUAAAUGGUAAGGGAAACUGCUCCAUGGCUUCAUGUGAUUCAGACCUGAGAAAAAUUUGUCCUUCCGAACUGGCUUUCAAGGCCAAUGGGAAGGUUGUAGCUUGCCGAAGCGCUUGCGAUGUAUUCAACACCGAUGAAUACUGCUGCAAAGGGAUAUAUGGGAACCCUGCGGUUUGUCAGCCUACAUAUUAUUCCAAGAAGUUCAAGUCUGCAUGUCCUACUGCAUACAGUUAUGCAUAUGAUGAUCCUACCAGUAUUUUUACUUGUUCUGGAGCAGAUUAUGUUAUCACCUUCUGCGCAGUCAGGAAUCAACCAGUAUGCACUUACCAUGAUCACAAGCUUGUCUGCAGCAACAAAGCAAAUAGCUUAAACCCAUUGCUAGGGAGAUGGUGGUCUGCUAUGCUUGCACUGCUAUUAAUGGCUAACCUGUGGAUCAUUUUAUAAGAAAAACCCAUCUUCGUUUUGAGAAACAGUGCUAUGAUUUUCUUUUUCUCUAACAUGGUU